CACAUCAGCAGCAGCGUUGGAGAUCCAGCGGUCCGACAGCACAUGGAUCCCCAGUGAGAACCUCGAGCUCUCCGGCCAGGAGGGGUGUACAAGGAGAGAGAUGGCUCUGUGCUCCGAGGCCUGUGCUUCCGGCUCGGGAGGAGAAUCCUCCGGCAGUGAGGCAGGUUCAAGCUGUCUUCGUUUUGGGGUUCGUUCCUAUCUGCACCACUUCUAUGAAGAGUGCUCCUCCUCCAUGUGGGAGAGAGACCCGGAGGAUCGGGGGUUCGUCCAGAGCCAGAGGUCAGCCCUGUGGUGGAACUCAGCAGUCUGGAAGGUGUCCUUGGCCCUGGGUGUCCUCAUCUUGACUGCAGGUAUCGCCACACUGUCGGUCGGCUACUCCACUCCUCCCAAAAUCGAGUCGUUCGGAGAGGGAGAUCUGUUCUUCGUGGACACGCAGGCCAUCAGCUUUAACAAGGGGCUGCAUCUCAGCGCCGCAGCCGGGAUUGGGCUCUCCUGCCUCGGCUCUGCCCUGGCUGCAAUGGGGGUUGUUGUUUGGAUCCUCCCCAAAGCCAACUUGAAAGAGAGGCUAUCCCACAGACCAGGGGGAGUGGAAGGGAGAAGAGAGUGUGGGUCAAAGUGGAGGGGCUUUAAGGAUGUUAGGGAUGUGGUCACUAAGCCACCUGGUUCAGAGGAGGGGAAGGUGCCCUUUACUUUGUCGAAGGUGGAAAAUGUGCAGCCCGCUUCUUAAAAAAGAUCACGACUGAGCUAUAAGGCUUUUGUUCUAGUCCUGGGGCCUUUUUUCUUUUUUUGCAUGGUCUUAACUUCUUGUCUUACCUCUGUCAAAGGAAACGUGUUAUUUCAACAUGCAGAUUGUUCAGAUGGAGGCUGUUUUGUCACCUCAGUAUUACAGUCAGACCCCUGCUGUUUGAUUGGAUUGGACUGGAUUUGAUUGACUAGCCUCUCUGUAGUUCUAGGGAUGUGAUUUUGAUUAUAAGCACCAGUCAAGAAAACCCACAUAUAUUAUGAUUUAGUGAAAAAAACACAUAAAUACAUUAGAGGAUGUUAAAAAACUAAAAAAAAACCCUCAGAUUUACACUACACAUAUAAAACCUACAUUUGUUGGGUUUUUUUUUUAAGAUACAAAGCAAUGAUCUGAUUUGUCUCUUCAUGGAAAGAAGAGCCAAAUUCUCUCCCCUCCCCCGCGGCAAGGGGCGAAGCCUUGCAUGAAGCAUGAAGAGAGUUUUGAGGGUCUGGACAGACUGGCCUUUUCCCUCCGAGUGGCUCUAAUCUUACAAAUAUGUCAUUCAACUCGAUGCCAACAGUGUUUUGGGAACAUUUAACACUCUUUUCCAACCGUCUUUUGUUAUCUGCACCGAGGCUGCCAAACCAACAAAUCAUUGUUUAUUUAGAGCUGAUGAAUAAAACAUUUUCAAUCAGCUUCAUGAUUGGGCUUUUUGCACAUGAAAUCAUUCAGUGUCCUUUUGUCGUUCAGAGUGAUGCCCAGGUACCUGUAAUGGCUCACUAUCUAGGUGUAGCUGUGGAUUAGAUGAAAGUGGGUGCAGAGACAGAAAGAUUUCAGAGAAAGCUCCUCUUUUGUUUCUGAGUGAGUAUAUGUCCUCGCACAAGCUGACAAAAUUAUCUGAAGCUGGACCACGGUUCACUUCAUGGUUUGAAAGAGGCUGAUAAUCACCAAAUCUUCAACCAACGAUACCAACGCUGGUGUUGUUGCUGGAUCGAUACUAGAACGAUAGGACCGAUAAUGUGUUUGUGUUGCACAGCACUGCUAUGAACCUCAGUCCAAACGUUAAUAGUCAUUGCAAAAAUAACAAAGUAAACAAAACUCACCCGUGUGGUGAUCCUGUUGAACCGUAGACAUGAUAAAAGAUGGACGUCCGUACCGUGACUUCAUCAAGCCUCCAAAUUAGCACUUUUGGCAUCUUGGUGCUUUCAAACUGGAUGCGCCCACUGAUUGAUAGCUCUGACCACGAAACUGUACGCUUACAAGCCAUUAGCCAAUACUUCAUAACAUUUUUGAAACUUAAAAUGACCAUAAUUUACUAAAUGAACUUGCUCUUUUCAAUAUGCCUAAAAAAACAAGUGACCCCAACCAAUCACAGCAGAUGGCCCCGCCCCUCCCUGAGCCUGGUUCUGCUGGAGGUUUCUUCCUGUUAAAAGGGAGUUUUU